AUGGCCUCCACAGGCCCCUUCAAUGUCACCGAGGCCGCUGAGGCCUCUACGCCUAACAUGGGUGGCGCCCAGUUCGCCUCUCAUACUUGGGUGGAGCCAAUUAUCGUUGUCUCCAUCAUGGUAUCUUCUCUAUACUUUAAUCGAAGACACAACUUCCGGAUAUUCGACUCGGCUCGGGGCCGAUCGCCGACUCGCUCGGUUCUACCUCACAACAGCUCCCAAAUGUCCUCGCCGGAUGGGUCGAUCGACUCCGACUCAUACUCCCCCGAUUCGGACGUCUUCAGUUCAUCCAGGUACCCGGCGAAGAAACGAAACUGCUGUGGCAUGGUCGUUCGCACCCCCAACUCGUCUCGCUUUGCCGGCAACUGGCACUCGCGUGUCCUGGCCAAAUGGCCCUUCCUGCUCGAAAUGUUCUAUUGGAUUCUGAAUCUGGCUUUCUACUCGCUCACCAAGGCUGUUGCGCAAGUCCUUUUCUCCUCGAACGAUGGUUUAUGGCAGCUUGCACAGGAUCAUGGCGUCCUUGUCCUCGACAUCGAGCAUAAGUCAUGGCUGAGAUUUUUGUUCCCGAUCAAGGAGAGUGACUUUCAGGCUUGGUUUCUGAAUGGGCAUUUGACCGCCAUUACGUUUUUGAACCGAUUUUACUCUCUUGUCCAUAUCCCGGGCACCGUUGCUUUUCUGUCAUGGUACUACUAUGCCGCUCCCACACAUGCGACCUUCGCCACCGUUCGCCGAACUAUGACGCUGGGCAAUUUCGCCGCCUUCUUUAUCUUCACCUUCUUUCCUUGUAUGCCUCCUCGUCUCUUACCGAAGGAGUUCAACUUCCACGAUACCGUCCGCCAAUCAAAUGCCGAGUCCGUCUGGGUUGGAGGAAAUUAUGUCAAUCAGCUGGCCGCUAUGCCGAGCUUGCACUUCACCUAUGCAUUUUGUGUAGGAUCUACGUUCCUGUACCACUCUGGCAUAUUCCGUCGUUCUCAGCGAGGCGAGCCGCGGAAGCCCUUCUACACGCAGAUCUUUUUCCUGGUCGCCGGUAUCUGCUACCCGUUGCUGGUGCUCACGAUUAUCGUGGCCACCGCGAACCACUACUGGCUCGAUGCAGUUGUGGCCAUGUGUACAACCACCCUGAGCUUCUGUUGCAACAAGGUCUGGAUGUUCUUGUUACCCGCUGAGGACAUUCUUUGCUGGAUUUUGCGGGUCGACAAGCCGACACCAACAACAGGAGACCGACUGAAGAGGAGAGAAGCUCAGUAUCAGCUCGUCAAAAAUGAGGAGGAGCCAUAA